AUGGAAGAUACGAAGAAGAAAAAGAAGAAGAAUAUUAAUAACGAAGAUUCAAAGAAGAAGGAACGUCAUAUUGUUACUUGGUCACCAGAGGAGGAUGUUAUACUAAGAGACCAGAUUACUCUUCAUGGAACUGAAAAUUGGGCGAUCAUCGCAUCAAAUUUUAAGGAUAAAAGCACAAGACAAUGCAGAAGAAGGUGGUAUACAUACUUAAACUCUGAUUUCAAGAGAGGAGGUUGGUCUCCUGAAGAGGAUAUGCUUUUGUGUGAGGCACAAAGAGUGUUUGGGAAUAGAUGGACUGAGAUAGCAAAGGUGGUUUCAGGCAGAACGGAUAAUGCUGUGAAGAACAGGUUUACAACACUUUGUAAGAAGAGAGCCAAGCAUGAAGCUAUGGCUAACGAGAACAACUCAAACAACAAGAGAAUGCUGUUCUUAGACGGUAUUAAUACACCCCAAAAAGCUGACAAUGAAGCUCCUAUUGCCAAGAGAACAAGGAGAAGUCACAUUCUAGAGCUUACAGAGAUGAGUAACUAUGGAAAAGCUGAGUUUACUCUGAAUCAGCAGGAAAGAUCUCCAUUAUCGGUGUUGGCACGCAAUGCCACUGGUAUUGACAGCUUGGAAGACCAGUAUCAAACAAGUAAUGUGAAGGAGAGUGAUGGUGGAGGGAUGUUUCUUAAGAAGGAUGAUCCUAAAGUCACAGCUUUGAUGCAACAAGCUGAACUUUUGACUUCGUUGGCGCAGAAAGUUAAUGCAGACAACACAGAACAAAGCAUGGAGAAUGCUUGGAAGGUCCUUCAGGAUUUUCUGAAUAAAGGCAAGGAAAAUGAUUUGUUGAGAUAUGGAUUACCUGACAUUGAUUUUCAGCUGGAGGAGUUUAGAGACCUUAUAGGGGAUUUAAGGAGUAGUUAUGAAGACAAUGACUCAUCUUGGAGGCAACCUGAUCUACAUGAGUCACCAGCUAGCUCUGAGUAUAGUUCAGGAUCAACCAUCAUGCUGGAGCAGUCUGGUGACAGAACACAACCAUUGUCUGAUACUAAGACAGAACAUAAACAAGGUGGAGAGGAGUUUCUUUCAACUUGUGAUGUUCCUAAAAACCCUGAUGAGAAUAUGCCCAUCUCGGGCGUCGAAGAAAACUUCAGCUCACCUAUUCAGGUUACGCCAUUGUUCAGGUCUCUAGCAGACGGCAUCCCAAGUCCACAGUUCUCUGAAAGUGAGAGGAGCUUCCUGCUAAAAACACUUGGGAUUGAGUCCUCAUCUCCAUGUCCAAGUGCUAAUACUUCACAACCACCUCCUUGCAAAAGAGUCCUUCUACAUAGCUUGUAG